AUGAAUAAAAAUUCUACGAGUGAUGAUGCUAUCUCAGUUGAGAAUUCACCUGCUGCACAACAUCCUCAUGUUGACAAUGAGCAACGUGGAAACUCAACGCAAAAUGAAUUUAUUUCAGCAAAAUGUACUACCGCUACUAAUACAACAAAGAAGUUGUCAAUGACUCCGACACUUUUAGAACAUUCAGUUUGGUCACGGCGUCGAUCUUCAAUUGCUGCAGGUGUAUUUGCUAUAUUCACAAUUAUAGCAAUAAGUAUUGGUAUAUUGACUGUUUGUUUCACUUCACCAAAAGCUACUGUUCAAAAGUUUGAGCUCAAAUGCAAACCAACGGCUCAAAAACCAGUUGAAUACAAGUAUGGUCCACGAUCUGUUGCCGUUGGUGAUUUCGACAAUGACACAUGUUUGGAUAUGGUUAUUGCUCAUCAUACAGUUAACAAAAUAACUGUUUAUCUUGGAUAUGCUAAUUAUGGCACUAAUAAUGUCGGCGUCCUUCUUGGAUAUGGGAAUGGUAGUUUUGAAAAUCAAAUGAUGCUCAACACUGGCACGAAUUCUCAUCCGAUUUCUAUAGCAGUUGGGGACUUCAAUGGUGACCGUGAAGUAGAUAUUGCUGUGGCCAAUGAUGGUACAAAGCAUGUAGAUAUGAUGCUUGGAAAUGGGCAGGGAAAAUUUGCAAUUCAAACAAGUUAUGAAAUUGGUUUUGAUACACCUCCGUUAGUUAUGGCUUCUGGUGAUUUUAAUAAUGACGUACGAUCGGAGAUCGCUAUCGCUUACGAUGGACGUGAUCAUGUGGAUAUCUUUGUUGCGUAUAAUUAUGGUUCUUUUGAAACUCAAACAAGGUAUUCAGUUGGCUCUGGUCCAUUUUCUGUAGCUAUUGGUGAUGUUAACAACGACAUUCAACUAGAUAUCGUUGUCGCCAAUAGGGAUAACAAUGAUGUGAGUAUCCUUCUUGGAUAUGGAAACGGUUCUUUUGAAAAUCAAACAAGGUAUGUAGUUGGCUCUUAUCCAUCAUCUGUAGCUAUUGCUGAUGUUAACAAUGACACUCGACUAGAUAUCGUUGUCGCCAAUUUGGCUAGCAAUGAUAAUCAUAGUUGA